AUGCCCAGUCUGAGUGUGACAAAAGCGUGCGAGGCGAUAGUGAACUUGGCCGACGAUUAUGAAAAUUUGAUCAAGCUGGUUCCGGGCCUGGUUGCCGAGACCAAGCAGUUAGAGACCCAGCACCAGACGGCGGUCGAUCAGGCCCCGAAAAAGCAUGCCAUCGCCGCCACCCCGUCGGCGGAGUCUUCCAUCCAAAAUCAGCCCCCGCCCGGGCUCGCCCCCUCGAGCGAGGCCCGGGCGGCCAUCCGGCAGCUCUCGGCCCAGCUGCACGAGGAGCGGCAGCUGGCCUGGAGCGCGCCCGCCCAGGCGCCGCCGCAGCAGGCCACGCAGCCUGGCCAGGCGAGCGCCGCGGGGGAGGGCGGCAUCAGCGCGGCCGAGGCCGCCGCCUUCGACGCCGAGACCGCCGCCAUAGAGGAGAAGAUCUCCGGCGCGGAGAAGCGAGCCCAGAGCGUGAAGCGCGCGGGGGAGGCAGUUGACCAGGCGCUCCACCUGCGCGGCCAGGACGUCUCGCCCACGCCAUAG